UUCGACAAGAGGAAAGAAAAAAAAAUUAAGGAAUUUCCAAGUCGUCACCAGAGAAGAAACUCGACACCACCGCAUCUUGCAGAGAAGAACAACAACUUUCAUCUGUACCUACCUAUUGCACAAAAUAGCUUUACGAAGCAGAAUCGGCUAUUAUUACGCCUGCGACAACAUUUCCAUGAAACGUAUUGUUCAUUUGAUACUCGUAACUCGUAUUUCGAAAGCAUUCACAACCGCAUUAACAGCCGCAUCUGCAUCCACAUCCUCAUCUGCAUCCACAUCUACAUCCACAUUCACAUUCACAUUCGCACUGGAACACGCCUGAAUCCUCAAUCCUCCUCAAUCCUCUUCCGAGUCGUCUCGAAUUUCCAAAGUUCAACACGCCACUUCGCCGAUCAUUACUAUCGGUUAUAUUUCUCGCGAAUAAAGGCUGCAGCCCCCCUAACCGUGACAAUGACCUCAAAUCUCCCCUCAAGUUUCGCCUCAGCAGCUGCCGGUCAGAACCCGAGCCGUGAUACGAGAUCGGGUGCUCGAAGUGAUGGUCGAGGGAAUAAUACUAGCGGCGAAUGGUCUAGGUCAGGACGAUCAACCAACGGCGGCACUCUAACUUUCCGUCGAAUAUCGACUACGCCCUCGAGCCAGUCGCUCAAUAGCCAGAUGCAAAAUUCCGAAACCAUCCAGUCAGCCUCUGCUGACCCUGCCGUUAUUUCUGCCAUGCCGGUUGGCUCCACCAAUGUCGAUAACUCGGGCAUCCUUAGAUACUCGCGAGACCAGCUCCUCUCUAUUUACAGCGUCGUUCACGUGUCUAAUCCUCAACGGCCCGAUGUCUCUGCUCUGUUCGCGCCCGGAUGGACCCCGGGACAUGUCAAUGGUACGACAUCGAGAGGCUGGGGUAAGACUGCCGAGUCCCACGUCGCCCCUCAAGAGCCAGAUAUCUGUUGGGAUGCACCAGGAUCGACAACGGCAGUCGGCCUACAGGAGAUGAGCCCAGACGAGAAAGAAUUGUUCGCGUCCGACGUAAAUUCUACUGUAAAGCCCCCGGCUCAGAAUAAAGACGGGAAUCACCCAGGAGGAGGGAUAAACGGUCGGAAAGCUUCUCUUUCCCACGGAAGUUCAAGCAAUUUCGGACUCGCUUCACCCUCAACUACGUCAAGACCUGGGACGAGACGACGUGAAACUACCGAUACGAACCCAUAUUCUGGUGGUGGUGGCUUGACUUCUCCGACGUCUGCUACGCGCCCACCUCGAGAUGAUGCGUCAUUCUGGUUUGGCCGAAAGAAUAUGGACCCGAAGGAUUCAACUUUUGAGGAACCCGAAGAGGAUACUAGUGCGCGGGAGGCCCCCGCUAAAUCUCUGCCUUUUGGUAAUCUAAUACGCAACAAUACGGCUCCGGGUAGCUCGGGUUUCGGAGGAGCAUCUCUCUGGCAGACGUCGGCCUCGACCACCUUGCCUGGCAUAGGUAGUUUCGGGAAUUUUGCGCUUACUGGAUCUACGAUUGGGGAGAAGCGAGCUGGAAAUCCUCGUGGCGAAAGCCGCUUAGCGCACUUGAUUCCUAAGGAGAGCUCUGAUAGUAUUGCUGCUAAAGCAGGUGAGGGUGUUACUCCGGAUGCUAACCGUCUUUGGCGCCCGCGCCAGCGCACCGAUACGGACCCCUUCGGCGGCGAAGACAGCGUCUCGGGAAGUGCUGUUCUGGGAGGCGCUCAAGAUACGAGUCCUCCUCCAAUGUCUCAUCCGCCUCUUCAUACCUCGUACGAUACGCCGGUGAAAGGAUCUACUAGUGACUUCGGAAUGUCCAGUCUCAACUUGGGGGGGCACCCGGAACAUGAACAAGCGCCUUUAAGUCCGUCCGAAACGAAUCCUUAUAGAAGCCCCCCGGGCGAACGAAAUGAGCACGAGGACGUGGGGGACAGGCAGCACGGCCCAACCGGUAUCGCCGACCAUGUCUCCGGCUACGGCGGGGGUUUGCCACGCUCUUUUGCCCAUGCUACGUUUGACGGUAGCGAUCGUAGUCAGACAUCCAGCGUUGGAGCGAAGGCCUACCCGCCGUUGAGUAAUCUAACUGGCUGGCCAUCUUCCAGUACGCCAGACCGCGAGCGUGCCCCCUUCUCGGGCUUUGGCGGCUCACUUUUCGGCCCUGUUGGAGACCUGCAGUCCCCAAGCCUCGGUAAUCUUGGCGGCGUGUUCGGUCCCGCGAGCACGACUGGCUUUGGUGGUUCCGGAUCUUUUGGUCGAGCAAGCAAGCUCGGUUCUCUAUUUCCGCCAGCCAUGCAGGCGCAGAUGCAAAGCCAGGACAAUGAAAGCCUUAGCGAUUCGAUGCCGGACCUUCGUCAACCUAAUCCAUUAGGUGCUAUCGGCCGUACUGCCCCCGGCGAUCAUGGCCGCGAAACUGAUAGCCCUAUGCGAGCCGGCAGGGGAAUAUUUGCCGACAUGUUUGCUCAGGCCGAGACUAGUCGAACACCAGUCAAUUCUGAAAGUCUGCAUGGUAUCUCGGCCGCUCCUCACAACCAGACUUUUACGGCGACUAGCAAUGCACCAUCCUAUGCCGCCAGCCAGACGUCCGAACCCCCUUCUGUCCAGUCUCGCACUAUGGUUAUGCCCGACCGUAUGAGAUGGGUUUACCUAGAUCCUCAAGGCCAGCAACAGGGUCCAUUCACCGGGUUAGAAAUGAACGACUGGUACAAAGCUAAUUUCUUUACGCCUGACCUUCGUGUCAAGAAACUAGAGGAUUCGGAGUUCGAGCCUUUGGGCCAAUUGAUUAGACGCAUCGGCAACUCUCGCGAGCCCUUCCUUGUUCCUCAGAUCGGUAUACCUCACGGUCCGCCAUCUCAGACUGGUCCUUUCUCUAACUCGGGUGGCGUGAUACAGCCGCCUCUAGUCAAUGCCUUUCCUAGUUUCGGCAGGACCUUGACGGCAGAAGAGCAGAACAAUCUCGAGAGACGCAAGCAGGAAGAGCAAUACUUGAUGGCUCGCCAUCGCGAAUAUUACGCAACCCAGCAGUCGAUGGGCCGUGUCCCAAUGCCCGCUGUCCCGGGGUUGCAUCAUCAUUCUAGCGCUCACAGCCUCCAAAGUCAACCGAGUUUUGGUAGCAUCACAUCGCCCAUCACAAUGCCCCCACAACCCCCUAUUGGUGCUAUUGGAACACCGGGCUCUUUUUUCGACGCGCCAGCUACACAUCAAGCCGCCGUCCCAGGUAGUUCUGGACAAGGACUAGAAAUGUUCAGAGAGGACGACCUAGCUCGUCUGACAGGACCAGAACGCCAGAUGUUGGCUGGCCUCCAUGGUACGGGGGCGAUAGGCGGCAGCCUCCCACCACAGCCCAUCGGCGCGCCCGCUUCGGAAGCAGGUGUGCGCAGCCAACUCCCCAACUCUAGUGAACUCAGCGAAGACGUAGAAGGCUUUCGAGGGCGCUUGCAGGAAUUCGAAAAGCUUAGGGCACAACACGAUGCCGAAAUGGCGGGACGACAAGCGUCGCCUCUUCGCAAUAAGUCUAACGAGCAGGCUCCGCAAAUGAGCUCACCCGCACGCCCUAUUGAGCCCGAAUCGGUUUCUGAACAAUCCCCUGGUGGAGAGGCUACCCGCCAUCAAGUUGAGAAUGAGCAGUCGGCUGUCUUGGCAAAGCAAUAUCAGCAGGCUCAAGCUGCUGCAGUCGCCGCAAAAAUCAGCGGGCUCCCAAUGCCUUUCCCGCCGCCUCCAUCCGCUACACCUUUACCUGCUCCCGCCCCACAACGCGUCAAAUCUAAUUUACCAGAGCAAUACGCUACGAGUUCUCGAUCUGGCACACCUGACAUGACGCCGUCGUCAGCCGCGGCUCAACCGCCCCCGCUUGCCCCGUGGGCUAAGGACGGCGGGUUAGAAUCACAUAAGGGACCCAGCCUCAAAGAGAUCCAACAGGCGGAAGCUCAGAAGGUAGCUAAGGCAGAAGAGGAAGCGGCUAUUGCCCGACGUGCUCAGCUUGAACAAGAGGCAGCUCGAGAACGCGAGAAGGUUGCGGCUGCUGCUCCGGGUCUACCUACAAGCAGCACGUGGGGAACCGCGUCGCCUGUCAAUCCUAGUACAGCCAGCAGCCCAUGGGCAAAACCGGCCCCGGGGAAGAUACCGGCGGCUGGACCUACGGCUCAGGCACAGACCUUAGACAAGAAAAAGACGUUGGCCGAUAUCCAGCGCGAAGAGGAAGCUCGCAAGCAGAAAGCGAAGGAGGUAGCCUCACAGACCGGACCUGUAAGCAGCGUCGGAAAGCGAUACGCUGAUCUCGCCAGCAAACCCAACAUUGUCUCUGUCCCUAAUCCAGCACCUAGCGCCAACACCUCGGGGUGGGCUACAGUUGGAGCCGGAGGUAAGGUAAAGGCACCGCCAACUGGCCCUUCUUCACAGGUACGACCUCCGAGCGCUCCCAAGCCAGCGGCCACUACCAUUGCAACCCCCCCAUCACGACCCGCUGUUAAGGCAUCGAAUUCCACGGCCGGCCCUGCCCAUACGGAAGCCAUGGAGGAGUUUACCAAAUGGCUUCACGGUCAGUUGGCUAAAGGAAUCACAGGUGUCACAGACAUUGAAGCCUUCGCCAACACGUUGAUAGGGUUCCCUCUCGUAGGCGAUCUUAUCUCGGAUGCUAUCUAUGCCAACUCUAAAACGAUGGACGGACGUCACUUUGCCGAGGAGUUUAUUCGGCGCAAGAAGUUAGCCGAUAAAGGCGUGGUAGAGAAGCAGCCGGCCAAAAGCCCAUCUGCAGACACGCAAUCAAGCACAGCAGGUGGUUGGAAUGAGGUAGCCAAGAAGAGCAGCUACAAAGAGACCCCUAGUGAUGCCAGUUUGAUGCAGGGUGCUGGCUUCAAGGUCGUGCCCGGCCGAAAGAAGGGGAAGAAAUAAAGCAAACUGGUAGCAAAUGUGGCGUACGAAUAUCGAUCAGCAAGGUAGGCUUGUAAUGAAUGAUACUUGAUAAGCCUUCAUGACUUUAAAUAUCAUCUGUGUAUGCACAGACUGGUGCAGAACUAGACGAGGAGGGUUGUAUCUUGAGAUAGCCCCACGAUGCAAACUACGACUCUUUUCUUAGCACCGAGGCUUGCUCAAGCUCAAUGCUCAGGAUUUUUGCUAUCGUCCACUCAAAUAGGUAGUAGAUGAAGUGAUGAAAUAAUAAUGACUACAUCAAAAUA